AUGAUUGGCAGUCUCGCACCACCACCACCACCACCAUCUCAGCCCGUCAUCCCCCCCCUCAUAUCUCCAUCGGACCUCGUCCACCCAGCCAUCAUCAUGCAGUCCCUCAGCCGCUUCUUCUCCUCCGCGACCAACAAACCCAUCAGAACCGCCCACCUCACCUCCACCGAGCCGCCCUUCCUCAACGCCGCCGGCUACGUCGACUUCGCCCCCUCCGACCCGGAGAAUCCCAUGAACUGGUCCGUCCCCCGGCGGGCCUCCAUCUCCGCCGUCUCCGUUCUGCUCGUCCUCAACGCCACCAUGGCCUCCUCCGCCCCCAGCGCCGUCACCGCCUCCCUCACCGCCCACUUCCGCGUCUCCCCCGAAGUCUCCGCGCUCACCGUCACCCUCUUCCUGCUCGGCUACUGCGCCGGGCCCUUGCUCUUCGCGCCCCUCAGCGAGUUCUACGGCCGCCGCCUCAUCUUCGUCCUCACUUUCGCCGGGUACCUCGCCUUCUCCUUCCUGACCGCGUGGCCGCCCAACUUUGCCGCGCUGCUGGUCGGCAGGUUCCUGACGGGCACGUUCGCGUCGGCGCCGCUGAGCAACGCGCCGGGCGUGCUGGUUGACCUCUGGAACCCGGUGCAUCGGGCCACGGCGUUUGCGUGCUUCUCUACCAUGGUGUGGAUCGGCCCGGCGGUCGGGCCGGUGCUGGCGGGCUUCCUGCAGCUGACCGAGGGCGGGGAGGGCUGGCGCUGGUGCUUCUGGGUGCUGCUGUGGCUGGCCGCGGGCACGAUGCUGCUGGUCAUCACCAUCCCGGAGACGUACCCGCCGGUGCUGCUGAUGCGCAAGGCGCAGCGCGCGCGGAGGAACGGACACGACGUCAAGGCGCAGAUUGAGGAUUCGGACCGGUCCCUGGCCGGUGCGUACCGGGUCGCCCUCACCAGACCGUGGAUCAUCCUGUUCGACACGAUAUCACUGCUGUGCGCGGUGUACCUCGCGGUCGUGUACAUGCUGCUCUACAUGCUCUUCUCCAUCUACCCGAUCGUCUUCCAGGAGAUGCGCGGCUGGAACCCGGGUGUCGGCGAGCUCCCGCUGCUCGGCACCGCGGUCGGAGCGGCAUGUGGUGGCGCCGUCGUGGCCUUUGAUGCGCACCUCCGCCAGCGAAAGAUUGCCUCCGAAAAGCUGAAAAUGGAAGACCUCACGCCCGAAGACCGCCUGCCGCUGGCCAUGGUUGGCGGCAUCGGCUUCUGCAUCGGCAUGUUCUGGCUCGCGUGGUCCGCCAACUACAACUCCGUCCACUGGAUCGUCCCGACCAUCGGCGGCGGCGUCCUCUCCGCAAACAUGCUCCUCGUCUUCGUCGCCUACUUCAACUACCUCGUCGACGUCUACCUCAUCUACGCCGCUUCCGCGCUCGCCGCCAACACCGUCGUGCGCUCCGCCGGCGGCGCCGCGGCGCCCCUCUUCACACGCCAGAUGUUCUCGGCCAUGGGCGUCGGCGGCGGCGGAUCCCUAGUCGGCGGUGUCGGCGCGCUGCUCGCCGUCAUACCCUUCCUGUUCUACAAGUACGGGCCGCAGAUCCGCGCGCGGAGCAAGUUCUCCCCGACGGGCGAGAAGGCGGCGCCCAAGGGGCCGGGGGAGGAGGAGCCGAAGCAGCAGCAGGGUGGCAGGUUCGAGGACGUGGCGGACGAGGAGACGGCGCUGGAGACGACGUCCAACGAGGGCUCGAAUUGUGGCCGAAAAUGA